UUGAGAAGACGCGUAUAAUAACAAGUUAACCGGUUCAACUCAACUCGAGGGCUAAAUUGAGGGAGUAUUUGUAUAGUUUGUCAUUUUUCCCUUGAAAUUUAAAGGUCUUUAUGAAGACUUUGAGUUAGCCAAAAUUAUCAAAAGAACAAAAGAAAGGGAAAAAAAAAAAAAAAACAGCUCUCUCAGUCUGUUUCUCACCGGUCACUUCCGACUAACCAAACAUAGAGAAAGUGCCAUUUUUUCUUGAAUACUGAAUCGAACUUUUUUAUUUUUUGGCUUUAGUAAUAGACUUUGGAUCAGUCAAAGUGGAAGAUUGGCGACGAUCUGUGGGUGUUUGGCCCUUUAAAUCAAAGCAACAACAACAACGACAACAACAAAAAGAAAGAUGGAGCUGUUCAUCUCUGUUUGUUUAUGGUUGAUUUUGGCUUUGCAUUUGGGUCUCCGAGUUGCCAGCAAUGUGGAAGUCGAAGGAUUGGCGACGCUGUGGAGACUUGGCUCUUCACAUCAAAGCAACCAAAAGGAAAAAAAGAUGGAGCGGCUCAUCUCUGUUUGUUUAUGGUUGAUUUUGGCGUUGCAUUUGGUUCUUCGAGUUACCGGCAAUGCAGAAGGCGACGCUUUGCAUGCAUUGAAGAACAAUUUGGCUGACCCUAAUAACGUGCUUCGAAGUUGGGAUCCAACCCUUGACAACCCUUGCCGAUGGUUCAAUGUUACAUGUAAUAAUGAAAGUAGUGUAACAAGAGUUGAAGUUGGGAAUGCAAAUCUAUCUGGUAAAUUGGUUCCAGACCUGGGUCUUCUUACGAAUUUGCAGUACUUGGCGCUGGUUGGUAAUAACAUAUCCGGGGUAAUCCCAGAGGAACUUGGAAAUUUGACCAACUUGGUGUGCUUGAAUCUUAGCAUCAAUGCUUUAACCGGACACAUUCCAACCACUCUGGGCAAGCUUACAAAACUGCGUUUUCUGCGUCUCAAUAACAACUCAUUGACAGGUCAAAUUCCUAUGGCCUUAACUACUAUUGAUACACUGCAAGAGCUGGAUCUUUCAAAUAAUCGGCUAGAAGAACCCUUUUUUGUGUCAAUUCCUAUCAGUUUUAAUAAUAAUCUACUCAAUUGUCCUCCUCCUACCCCAUUGCUUCCUGUUUCACCAACAGCUCCAACUUCAUCAGGUGUCAGUGGCGGUGCUGUUGCUGUUAUUGUUGGAGUUGUUGCUAUAGCUGUCUUCUCGGUUUCCGUUCCUGUGAUUAUAUAUGUUUUGUGGCGUAAUAGGAAACGGCAGCAUCUUUCCUUUAACCGACCUGCUAAGCGCCCAGAGUUUCAUUUGGGACAACUUAAAUGGUUUUCUUUACGUGAACUACAAGAGGCAACAGAAUUUUUUAGUGAGAAAAAUGUGGUGGGUAGUGGUGGUUCUGGUAGAGUUUAUAAAGGUCGCUUAGAUGAUGGUUCUGUUGUGGCAAUAAAAAGACUGAAACAGAGGCGUACUCAAGGUGGAUUGCAGCAGUUCCAAACAGAGGUCGAAAUGGUAAGUAUGGCUGUGCAUCGGAAUCUACUACGUCUACGUGGCUUUUGCUUGACCCCUACAGAACGGCUGCUUGUCUAUCCCUUUAUGCUUAAUGGUAGUGUUCGAUCCUGUUUAAGAGAGCGUCCAGAGUCUCAAGCACCACUUGAUUGGGGUGUAAGAAAACGGAUUGCACUGGGGGCUGCGAGGGGGCUUGAAUAUUUGCACGAUCAUUGUAACCCCAAGAUUAUACACCGUGAUUUGAAGGCUGCAGAUAUAUUGUUGGAUGAGAAUUUUGACGCAGUUGUUGGAGGCUUUGGGCUGGCCAAACUGAUGGACUACAAAGAUACUCAUGUCAUAACUGCUGUUCGUGGCACAAUUGGUCAUAUAGCCCCUGAAUACCUGUCAAGUGGAAGGGCAUCAGAGAAAAUUGAUGUUUUUGGGUAUGGAAUUAUGCUUCUGGAACUCAUUACAGGACAAAAGGCUGUUGAUAUUGCUCGGUUAGCAAAUGAUGAUGAUGUCAUGUUGCUUGAUUGGGUAGAAGGGCUACUGAAAGAAAGGAAGUUGGAAACGCUGGUCGACUCUGAUCUUCAGGGUAAUUACAUAGAGGAAGAAGUGGAACAGCUAAUGCAGGUGGCUCUUUUAUCCACUCAAAGCACCCCAAUGGGAAGGCCUAAGAUGGGUGAAGUGGUGAGAAUGGUGGAGGGUGAUGGCUUGGCUGAAAGAUGGGAAGAUUGGCAGAAGAGGAAAAUGUUCCAUCAAGAGUUUAACAAUACCCACCACCCCAAUGUGAAAUGGUUUAUCCCGGACUCCACUUCUCGCAUCCUUCCAGAUGAAUUAUCUGGUCCUAGAUGACCACUUCUACAAAUAGUAAGUCUUUUGGCUGAGCUGGUUUUGUACUUCAGAUGAACCACUUCUCUCUUGUUACUGUAACUUUUAUAGGGUUAUGCCAAUGCCAACAACAGUGGUGAAAACAGUAGGUUCUAUAGGAAAAAAACAGCAUAAGAACUAAGAAGGGCGAUCAAAGCAGCAUCCACGUACGUUAGUCUAAACUGAUAUAUUGUUUAUUACAUUAAACUUUUAUGCAUCCUUUCUAUCAUUCUCCUGCUUUCCUGCUUAUAACUCAUUUUCAAAAGUGUCAUUUCUUUUCCUGUAAAAUGACACUAGAGGCUGAUGUUAAAUAUUUGGAUAUGCCGUAUGAAAAACUUAGAAAAAGUUAAAUA